CAACAUCCACUCAUCCAUACCAUGAUAUCGCAAUGACCAAACGCGCCCUCGAGGCGGCAUACCAAAGCCUCAUAACUAGAAGCAGACUCCGUCCAGACCCUCACCAACAAGCCCUGAUCACCCGCCUCGCGAACCUCCAAGAUGAACUCCUCGCCACAAAUCCCAUCCCAAGAACCAUUCCUCUCAUCAGACAAGACCCCAAACCUCCCUCACGAGGUCUCUACAUCUACGGCUCCGUCGGAACAGGCAAAACCCGCCUCGCAGACCUCUUCGCUUCCACCCUCCCAAAAGAAAUCUCCUGCCGUCGAACACAUUUCCACUCCUUCAUGAACGACAUCCAUCAACGUCUCCACAUCGCCCGAAAUUCCCCAACAUACACCGGCGACCCUCUCAUCCCCAUCGGAAAAGCCAUCUACGCCGAAUCUCGCGUUUUAUGUUUCGAUGAAUUCCAAUUAACAGAUAUUGCGGAUGCGAUGAUUAUGCGGAGAUUAUUUGGUGCGAUUUGGAAGGCUGGAGGUGUGAUGGUUAGUACGAGUAAUCGGCAUCCGGAGGGUUUGUAUGAGAAUGGGUUGAAUCGGGAUGUCGUGGUGCCGUUUAUUAGGGAGGUGCAGAGACGGUGUGAGGUUUGGGAGGUGGGUGGGAAAGAGGAUUAUAGGAUGAGUGGAAGUGGGGAUGGGAAGGGUGGGAUGGUGGGGAGGAGGGAGACGUUUUUUGUUGAUGAGAGGGCUUUUGAGAGGAGUUUGAAGGAGGUGACGGAGGGGAAGAGGUUGCAGAGAAUACAGAUUCCAGUUUACGGGAGUCGGAUGUUGGAGGUUGAGGGUGUAGUGGCGAGUACUGAAGAAAGCGACAAGAACGACGACAGUGCGACAAUAAGAACAACAGAUGCAUCAAGAAGAUUUGACCUUGUUACGGGAUCUUUUCAUCAAUUUUGCGAACGACCUCUCAGCUCAGCAGACUACCACGCUCUUUGCUCCUCAACAACAACACUCUACCUUUCCGGUCUCCGACAAUUCCAAUCAAACGAGAAAGACUUUGUCCGGCGCUUCAUUACUCUUAUCGAUCUCGCUUACGAGAAAGGCACGCGAGUGAUAUGUUACAGCAAUGCUCCUCUUGCCGAGGUGUUUGCCAACAUCGUGCCUGUUGAUAGUAAGCUCAAGAACAAGCUCGCCGAAGGAAUGCGAGUCAAAGCUGGAGGCGGAGCUUCGUCAAGUAUGAUGAGUACGUUCAUUGGAGAGACGGAGUGGUCUGCGACAGGUUUGCAAGAAGCUAGUCUUGCCACUGGUGGCGCUGGGGAGACGGAUGUUGGAUUUGCAAUGGGAAGAGCGAUCAGUCGGCUGUAUGAGAUGGGGUCGGAAGCAUAUGGUGUGAGAGAUCAGACUUGUACAGGUUAGAAAUUUCAACUGAGACGAAGUGAUUUGGGUGAUCUAGAAGCAAAGCAGAGCUACACUCCAAGAUAUAGUUAGAUCUCUAGCAGAUGACAUCUCCCGACGUGGCCAGCCAGCA